CCAGCAGCAGCCAACGCUCCGGGCAGCACCUCAGAGGGCUUUCCCCGCCGGGCCGAGCCUGCUCGCACCCCCGCACACCGCCGGCAUUCCCGAGGGAGCGCGGCUGCCGCCCCGCGCAGCCCGUCCCGCCCGCAGGAUGCGCAGCGGCGCGGUGCUGCUGCCCGCAUCGCUGCUGCUGCUGCCGCUGCUGCUGCUGCUGCUCAGCCCCGCCGGCCGCCUGGCCAGCGCCUGCAGCUGCGCGCCCGCGCAUCCCCAGCAGCUCCUCUGCGACGCCGCCAUCGUGAUUAGAGCAAAAAUAUCCAGUGAAAAGGUGGUUCCUGCCAGUGAUGAUCCUCUUGACACCCACAAAACGAUCCGGUAUGAAAUCAAACAAAUAAAGAUGUUUAAAGGAUUUGAAAAGGUCAAGGAUGUCCAGUAUGUCUACACCCCAUUUGAUUCGUCACUCUGUGGUGUGAAGCUAGAUGCUAACAACAAAAAACAGUAUCUUUUGACAGGCCAAAUUUUAAGUGAUGGUAAAGUUCACAUCCAUUUAUGCAACUACAUUGAACCAUGGGAUGAUUUAUCCUUGUCUCAAAAGAAGAGCCUCAAUCAGAGAUAUCAAAUGGGCUGUGGCUGCAAGAUUACUACCUGCUACAUGGUGCCCUGCUCGAUCACUGCACCCAACGAGUGCCUCUGGACAGACUGGCUGAUCGAACGGAAGCUGUACGGGCACCAGGCCAAGCACUACGCCUGCAUCAAGAGAAGCGACGGCACGUGCAGCUGGUACCGAGGUGGGCCUCCCCCCGAGAAAGAGUUCAUUGACAUCAGCGAACCUUAAACCGGGCACUUCCCAACAAGCCUGGGAAUCCAACGCCAUCAAACACUGCACGCUCACAGCUUUGAACUGCCAUCGUCUAAUUGUAUCUGUCGCUUAAAACAAAACCAAAUUGUCCUGUACGGCUAAAGUCCGAGUCUGUGGAAUUGGCACUCGCGCAAGACGAGGAACAAACCUCCUGGAGGUGGCCCCUUUUGUAAAGUUAUGCUUUGCACAGAGAGGCUCAGGCUGAGAAUGCUCCUCCAUGUCCUCCAAGGCAUAACAAGUUUCCCUUUUUCCAAUAUGAAUGUACAAGAACAAAAGAAUUGCCAGAGUUUUGUCCCCUGCUUCUGUUAACCUACAGAUUGAGAGAAGCCUGUGGUUUAUUCCAAGAUUCCAAGAUGGUUCAUUCCAUCUUUCUCAUGAACUACAGAAUGUUUUAUAGAACUAUUUUUUUUUCUGUAUGGAAGUCUUCUGAUACACAAGAAUUAUUGUACAGUGUAUAUGUAAACUAUUAUAACAAUGUGUUAUAAAAAAAAAAAAGAUUUAAAAAAAAUCCCUGUUUUUCCGUAUCUGUUGAAAGAAGUUGAACACUUGACUGAUUAAACAAUCUGUGCUCCA